CACGUAGAGUAUCCGCAACCUGUCCUUCUAGAAGGGGGCCGUCGUGACUUGUCGAUGUCUGUCAAGACUCAAUCGGAUACACAGCUACGUUUCAGAUUCCCCCUCGCUCGACGCCAGACGGUCCAAGUCUUGGCUGCCCGUGAUCUGCAUGCAUGGCAAUUGACCAUCGUCUUUGCCGGGCGGGCAUCAAGCGAGAGUCUCCAUUCCAACCUCGACAUCAUCACCUCACCAAAGCAUCCUCCAAACAGACCAUACACCACUUGCGUACGCGGCCAGUCCAACUCCUUCGCUGCCGUCCAUCGGCCUCCAUCCCAUGUGUCGUACGUGUCGACUGCCCUCGUGAAACGCGCUACUUGGCUGCGUAAAACAGCGGCACCUGUCUCGCGGCCAUCACGGCAACCUUCUAUUGCUCAACGGCCUGCGAACUGCUGCUUGCGCAUGAUAUCCCGUGUUUCGGUGGAUUUCUUCUGGAAGACCACCCGCACGUCCAUGUCUCGAGACUCCCGGGGGUGCGAGUGGUUGUCUUUACCGUAGAAUUUCCCCAAUCCGGUCCCGAGGCUAAGCAGGAUAGUCGCUUGCACCUUCCCCCACGCUUGCUCCUGCCCUGAUCGGCCGUGCCCUGUUCGCUCGUCUGUUCGCGCAAUCGUCAAGACUCUCUCCAGUUGCAGAGCCCGGGCGCGCUAUCCCCCGAAUCACCGACCGCCAGCCUGCCAGCACUCAACUUCAACCAUGCCACCGAGCUCGCCAGCGCGAAACAUCGCCCACUCCCACAAACGUUCGCCCUCCGAUCCCUCGGCCUCCGACGCCGACGACGACCACCAUGACGCUCCCGUCGACCUCAUGGUCGUUUCGCGCGCGAGGCGAUCAAACGCGGGCAACCGCAUGUCCACGCUCCUCGCCCAAUCCGCCCAAGAGCCAGACGAUGAGUGGGGUGAGGAGUGGGAAGAUGCUCCCAACGAAGAGGAAUUCGUAGGCGACGAUGCCAACAACCAGGAGGACUACAACGUUGAUUCGUCCUCCGACGAGGAUGAAGACGAGGGCGCUGAUGACGAUGCGGGCGAGAAAGAGCUACGCAAAGCCGAACGCCAGGAACGCAUCAAGAAACGUAAACCCGCCACAAACCCCUUCACCGCUCGCCUCGCUGCCGCUUCGCGCAAGCGGGUGAAGCUAGAUGUACCGUCUGCCGAGUCACCCGACUCUGUACCGCGUCCUAAGAAGAAGUCGGAGAGGGCAUCGUGGAUUCCGCUCGAUGAAGAUGGCCCCACGCGAACGUCUUCGCGCCGACAGACAGUGGCAAAUAAGCAGAGCACCUUGGCCAAACUGAAGGAGAAAGACAGAAGACGGGAUGACACUCUCGCCAUGAUGAAGGCCGCAGAGGCACGUAAGGCCAAGGAUGAGCCCAAGCCUUUGACCCAGGCGGAGCGUCUGGCAGAAGCCGCCCGGGUGGAAAAGCUCAACAGCAAGAGCUUGCACCGAUGGGAGGAGGAGGAAGAAUUGCGCGCCGCUGAAAGGCAAGCUAAGAUUGAUGCGCUCAAGAAUCGCCAGAUUGAAGGCCCCUUCAUUCGCUACUACAGCGGGCCUGGUAUCUGGGUCGAUGAUAAAGUCAAGUACACCGGCAAAGAUGCCCCGAGUCUCGAGGACUUGGAGGAAAAACUCAACAAGGAUAGUGCUACGCCCACACCUACAGCACCGGACCAACCACCCAAUGCUGAGGAACCGUCCACGGCCGAUUCUAUUUCAGUGACUCCUAAUGGCAUUAACCAGGAUAAAACCUCGCAACCCCAAGUGGAUCAGUCUCUGAAUAACGAUUCGCAUCCCCCUCCGCCAGAAUCUGGAGCUCUAGAGCAGGGUUUGUCUACAGAAUCGCAAUCGCAACCCCCCUCCAUGCCAUUCCCGAACACCAUGAUGGGUGCCCCGCCAGGAACCGUCAACCCUUUUCUCUUUGGCAUGGAGCAGUACGCUCACCCCGAACAACCACAGCAGCCUGAAUACGGCCCACUAAAUUUUGCCCCUGAUACCUCGUCAGAACUCCCACCCAACCCAUUUCUGUUCACCUCCCCCUUCUCCCAAGCACAGUCCUCCUUCAACGACCCGCUCCUCACUCAAGAUGGCACGAUUCCCCCCUCACACCUCCUCGCCCAGUUCCAGCAACCAUCACAGCCAUCCGCACCUCCACCGCCUCCCCAACCUCCCAAACGAAAAGUCAUCUCCCGUGCCCUACGCAACCUCCUCAUCCUCUCCUCCUUCCCCAAUCUCGAAGCCACGGCCCCCAUCUCGGGUCGCGUUAAAGCCGCCGCUUCUGUCCUUAAGGAGAAGGAUCGCGCCUCUCUCAUCCAACUUUCCGUCUCCCUCUUCAAUUGGUCUCUUCCAGAUGCAACUGCCUUUGUCACAGCCAUGCUCUCCCCACCAAAAGCAACCACCAAGAAAGAAAGAGAAGCGCUCAAUAAGCCCCGCAAGGAACUCUGCGCCGUCUCGAACAAGGACGCGAGGUACCGCGAUCCGGAGACGGGUAUCGCGUACCACGAUUCCAGAGCGUUUGGUGUGCUGCGCGGGGUCGUUGGUGGCGGAUUUGUGUGGUGUGGUGAGGCUGGGUGCUACGUUGGUGGUAGGGCAAAGCCGAUGGUCGGGAUGGGGAAAGGGUUUUUGGGCAUGGCGCCCGCGAGAGGGGUACCGAAGAGGUUUUUGGAGAUGCAGAGGGAGGUUGUGGGGGCUGCGAAGAAGAAUACUGAAGGUGCUGCUGCUGUUCCUGCUGCUGGUGGUGGUAGCAGUGGAGAUGGAGUGGGGGGAAAGGGAGGUGAUGUUGUGGUUGUUUCCGAGGGUGUGACGACUGGAAACGGGAACGGGAAGACUCCCGCUGUUGCACCUGCUGGUCAACCGGCUGUUAAACCGGAGAAUCCCGUCGUUGGCGCUGUGUAAUUUAUCUUGUAGCCGUAGCACAUAUAUCUGUAUAACAAAGCAUUACUAGUACACACUUUUUACCACCCUGUGAUAAUCAUCCUCCACGAUUGAUUGCACGCAAGCAGUAGCAUGAGGUCUCUGUUUCCACUCCUCUCUCGUCACUCUGCAAACCUAUUCCACUCUCUUUUUCCCUUGGGAAAUCAACCGAUUGAAUCCUCUCGCACGCAGGUUUGAUAGCAUAGCAUAUCUACCACAGUAAUCACCAUACACAUACACACACUCAUAUUUAUAUAGAUACAUGUACUCCACUAACCAACCAAACACACCACUACAUCCUACCCCAUCCACCAACCACACCAAACUCAACCUCAAACCUCACUUCUUUCCCCAUCCUUUCCCCCUUCACCUCACAAGUACAGAGGAAAUCCACACUGCUGGUGCUGCUAAUUGAU